CCCCCCUGAGCAUGCCAUCGACUUGUAAGGCAAACCUUUCUCUUGGUUCGCAUAUAUCUAUUCACUUAGAACCGAAGGACCUCAGCCAUUACAUAAAGAAAUAUCUCAUCAAAUGGAGAAAGCAAGCAAGCGGAGGUCUGUGUUCCCGUCUUCCUUUGUUUUAGUACUCCCCUUCCUAAUCAACCUUGUAUAUCCCAAUUGCAAAUUCGCAUAUGCAAGAGACACACUCCUUCCAGGACAAUCUUUUAAUUCUAGCCAGUUCCUGCUCUCAAAUAAUGGCAUCUUCAAGUUGGGUUUCAACUGCCCGCUCCAGCGGGAUGAUAUUCCAUCUUGUACUGUUGGCAUCUGUUUCACUAAAUCACUGUCCUGCCAUCAUGAUUAUUUAACAGUUUGGCAACCUGAUUCAGAGGAUUUUGAUUUUGAUUGUGAUUCCGUAUCAGUUAGUCUCUCAGACAAUGGCAUGCUAAAGAUAGCUGACAGCAAAAGCGGAUAUUAUAUGUCAGAUUACCAUUAUAUGUCUGCCAUUGCGGUGCUUCGUGAUGACGGAAAUCUUGUAUUAACAGACCAUAGAAACAGUUCCCUGGUGCAUUGGCAGAGUUUUGAUUACCCCAAUGCUAUACUGCUCCCUGGAAUGCACCUGGGGUUUAAAUUCAAUUCAAUCAUCGGCAAGAUCCCUUCCCUUGUUUAUUAUCUCAGUGAGAAUGAAUAUGUUACAAGUUAUUCUCUGGGACUGGAUGCAACAAGAAGGCGAGGUUUUAUUAUCCAGCAAAACCCCAACGGUUUGAUUUUUUAUGGUACUUUUCCUAGCUGGAUAAACAUGCAUGAAGAUCAAGAUUUUGGGCUGACAUUAAAUGGCAAACAUACAUACCUGCGUUUAAAUAGAUCUGGCUAUGUUGAAUUCUCAACUAUAGAGGCGUGUGGCUCGGUUUUAUGGUCUGCUCCAGAACGUAUAUGCGACUUUGAUUCGUACUGUGGACCUUAUGGUCUAUGCACAAGGUCAUGCUCUUGCAUAUGUCCCGCUGGUUUUGUUUCGAGCCCAGGAUCAAUAACUACUAAUGGUUGUUUGAGGGAGGGGCCUAUGGGUUGUGAAAGAUGGAGUUCAGCUCAUGUAGAUGUGGCCUUUCAUCCAAUAGGACAUGUUUACAGAUUCCCUAAGAAUUCUCACAUCUCAGAUGCCAGAGGCAUGAAAGAGUGUGAAAUCUCUUGCAGACGGGACUGUAACUGUACUGCCUUUGCUUACAAUGUAACAUGCCUGUUAUGGUUUGGGGAGUUAUGGAACACAGGAGUGCUUGACUCUGGUUCAAAGGGGAAUCUUUUGUACAUCCGUAUUGCCAAUAUACAACAAGAACAACAAAGACCACCACCACCACAGCAACGAAAGUCAGGUUUUAAAGCUCCUCUCAUUCUGAUCGUAAUGUCUGUGUUAGUCAUCAUUGUUAUUAGUCUGAUUGUUUUGUGGAGAUUCAGAACAAAGUUAUUCACAUCAAGAAAUGAGUAUGAAAAUGAAAGCCUUGUGGUUUUCUCAUUUGCGCAAAUAAAGAACUCAACAAAACAGUUCUCCGAGAAACUCGGAGAAGGUGGUUUCGGCUCUGUUUUCAAGGGGACAUUGCCAUGUUCCGCUGUAGUAGCUGUCAAGAAGCUAAAAGGCCUUGGACAAGGAGAGAAGCAGUUUCGAGCAGAGGUGCAGACCAUUGGUAUGAUUAAUCACACAAAUCUUGUUCGUCUACUUGGAUUCUGUGCUGAUAGAAAAAGCAGGUUAUUGGUGUAUGAGUAUAUGGAAAAAGGUUCCUUAAACUCACAACUCUUUUCUAAGGGUUCUGCAAAGCUGAGCUGGGAACUGCGGUUCGAUAUAGCUAUUGGAACAGCAAGAGGCUUGGCUUAUUUGCAUGAGGAGUGCAAUGAUUGCAUCAUACACUGUGAUAUGAAGCCGGAUAAUGUACUUCUUGAUGCAGAGUUUUGUCCUAAGAUUGCAGACUUCGGUAUGGCGAAGAUUCUUGGUCGAGAUUUCAGCAGGGCCCUAACAACAAUGCGAGGGACCAUUGGAUAUCUUGCACCGGAGUGGAUCUCAGGGUUGCCGAUCACACAUAAGGCUGAUGUCUACAGCUACGGAAUGACGCUUCUUGAAAUCAUAUCAGGGCGAAGGAAUUCGGAGAAAAUUAAGGAAGGGAAGUUUACUUACUUUCCCUUCUUUGCUGCAGUCAAGGUGAAUGAAGGAGAUGUUAUGUGCCUAUUGGAUAGUAGGUUGGAAGGUGAUGCCGAUGUGGAGCAGCUGAGCCGAGCUUGCAAAACUGCGUGCUGGUGCAUUCAAGAUGCUGAAGAUCAUAGGCCAAUGAUGGGGCAAGUUGUUCAAAUACUAGAGGAUGCUCUGGCUGUCGAAGUGCCUCCAGUUCCAAGGUCACUUCAAAUUUUUGUGGGCAUGGAUGAUUGAUUGCACUCGCUCUACAUAUGUAUAGUAUCUCAAAGACUAAAAGCCUCUUUGUGUUUCUGCGAACCUAUGUCAAGAAUUAAGUAUUCAGAGUUAUGUCUCUUUUAUAUUAUCUAAACUGCACGUAUCACUUACUUUUGGAGGUUCUGCAUUGUAAUUUGUUUAUCAUUAUAUACUUGUGUAGUUUCGAGAGAACAUUUUCCUUGUUUCUCUGCUGGCAGGAUGGCUUGUCCAUCCGAG